AUGCAGCCACUCCUGCUUUUGUUAGUGUUUCUUCUGCCUCCUGAGGCUGGGACAGAGGACAUCAUCGGAGGACAUGAGGCCAAGCCCCACUCCCGCCCCUACAUGGCGUUUGUUCAGUUUCUGCGGGGGAACAAAAUGAAGAGGUGUGGCGGUGUCCUCGUGCAAGAGGACUUUGUUCUGACUGCUGCUCACUGCCGGGGAAGAUUAAUCAGUGUCAUUCUUGGAGCCCACAACAUCCGGAAGCAGGAGAAGACCCAGCAAGUCAUCACUGUGAGACAAGCCAUCUGCCACCCAGACUAUAAACGUAAGGAGUUCUCCAAUGACAUCAUGUUACUAAAGCUGGAGAGAGAGGCCAAGCUGACUGCAGCUGUGAGGACCCUCAGCCUGCCCUGGGGCACAGCCCAGGUGAGGCCCGGAGAGCUGUGCAGUGUGGCCGGCUGGGGGAGAGUCACCCCAAAUGGCAGAGGGUCAAACACUCUGCAGGAGGUGGAGCUGACCGUGCAGCAGGACCGGUUGUGCGAAUCCUACUUACGCAAUUACAACAGUAACACUCAGUUGUGCGUGGGGGACCCAAAGGAAGAGAAGUCUUCCUUUAAGGGGGACUCCGGGGGCCCUCUUGUGUGUGAGAAUGUGAUCCAAGGCCUUGUCUCCUAUGGACGAAGAGACGGGACUCCUCCACAGGCCUUCACGAAAGUCUCGAGUUUCCUGCCCUGGAUAAAGGAAACCAUGAAAAAGCUCUAA